CGCGCCAUUCGGCUGCAGCGGUGCGGAUCGGAGCGGUCCGAUGGCUCCAUCCCCGCUGCCCGGCUCCAUGGCUCCCGCCCGGGCUCCGCUGUUGCCCUGCGCAGCGCUGCUGUUGCUGCUCCUCCCCGCCGCCUGCCCGGCUCCUCCAGCGAAGGAUGUGCCAAGCAGACCUUUGAGAAUGCGCAUGCGAUCUUCAGAUUACAAGUCCCCUGUCCGGUGGAGGUCACCCCAUUCAUCAGGCCUCAGGAGUCCGAGAUUGCAAGGUUAUCCCUUUGGGUAUGCAGAAAGUAGACGAAAGAUGAGCUAUUCUUCUCCGUCAAAAGAUCAGCAAAACCAGGAGGCUAAAAAACUAGCAUCUGAAUCAGUUUAUGUGGUUUCUCUGUCAUCAAGGAAUUCCCAAGGACGAAAUCAACCUCUUUAUAGGUCAGCUUUAACCAAAAGAAAAGUCACAGAGGAGGAGGAGCAGCUGGAGGUGGCAAAAGACAUAAGCGUUCGAGUUAUGUCCUCUCAAUCAGUACUCGUUGCUUGGACAGAUCCUGUGUAUGAAAAACAGAAGAAAGUUGUUGCAAGCAGGCAAUAUACUGUUCGUUAUCGCGAGAAAGGGGAAUCGGCAAGGUGGGAUUAUAAACAGGUGCCUAACCGACGGGCGUUAGUGGAUAAUCUGAUGCCAGACACCAUGUAUGAAUUUGCGGUCCGCAUCUCAGAGGGAGAAAAGGAAGGCACGUGGAGUGUUUCUGUUUACCAACGAACCCCAGAAGCCGCUCCUGCUAGUGCUCCUGAAAAUUUAGAUGUCUGGCCAGUAUCAGGCAAACCAACAUCUGUCACUGCAUCUUGGGAACCUCUUUCAGAGAGUGAAGGAAAAGUCAAAGAAUACAUUCUUUCAUACGCCCCGGCUCUCAAACCAUUCGGAGCAAAGUCCAUCACCUAUCCUGGAAGUACAACCUCUGCCAUAAUAGAUGGUCUACAGCCUGGGGAACGUUAUAUUUUCAAAAUCCGUGCAGCAAACAGGAGGGGGCAAGGUCCUCAGUCUAAAGCCUUCAGUGUUGCUAUUCCAGCAACAAUUAGAGGUGAUUUGGAUGUUCAUCAAAAAACAAACAUUCAAGAUAAUUUGGAGUCUAAGAAAUCUGGGAAUGCUGCCCCUUCAUCCCCUUCUCAAACUUCUUCUGUUUCUUCUCAGAAAUUAUCCACUUCCUCUAAACAUAUUGCUGCUCAUUCUUCUAGUUCUGUCACUGGUACAGAUAAAAAGAGUCAUCUUUCUGAGUUUAAGAAUAAACUCUUGGCUGGCAGUGGGGUCCUAAAUAAGUCACAGCUAUCCUCUAAAAAGACAGCAGAGUUGGAACCUGAUCCCCAAGCCACUGAAGUCACAGAUGAGCAUGAUUCCUCUAACGAAACUCCAACAACACUACCUAAGACCGAGGAUCAGAGGAGACAUGUUAGGCUCCUGUCCCCAAGUAGGCCAUUCCACUCUGUCCGUUCUUCAGGUAGAAUGCCAGCUAGAUCACGCACUCCCUCCUUGACAAGGCAGAUAAACACAGACAAGCAUGGCUCAUCAUCAAUAUCCUCCUCCUUAUCACAACGCUCCUCCUCCUCUUCCUCAGCAUCUUCUUCCAUUCCUAAGUACACAGACAAUGAAACAAAGCGUCUAAGACAAGACAACCCCAGUACUCCUUCUCCUAAAAACCCUUCCGAUAGUCUGCCUGGUGAAAAUGUGCAUAAUGAACUCCUAGACAGUGUGAAGGAAAAACGAGCAAAGCUAGAUUCUGUGCCUUUUAAAGACACGGGGUCAAGUAAAACACUGUCUAGAAAUUUGGAGAAUACUCAUUUGGCUUUACCAUCAAGUCGGCAAUCGGCUGUGUCUCGCAAGGUAGUCCAGAGCCAUCGAACUAAACCAGACCCCACUUCUGGGCCAGUUGAAUUACCUACCUCAUCAAGUCCAAAUUCUCAAAGUCAUUCACACUAUCCCUCUUCUAAAUUAGUUCAUAGUCACAAUGAUGAUGAUAGCAAAGAAACCAGAGAUAGAGAUGAAAAUUCAAAUUCCAGACUUUCUUCUCAUGAUGGAGGAUUGUCUCCAUCAGCGCAGAAAAGGCUUCCCACAGGUUCCAAGCCUCAUGUGUCAAGGGAUCCAAACUUUGCCACUGCAGCUGUGUCAGCAAGGACUGCUGUUUCUGUUUCUGCUAGUCAUUCUUCAGCUCACUCACGCUUCCCAUUUUCUGCUAACCAUAAGUCUGUAGGAAAGGAUGUUUCCAAUGAUGGUGAUCAUUAUAGCGAGGACUCAGAAGCAGAACAUGAAAAGAAAAGACCAGACUCUUCUGUAUUUAGGUCUAGGUCAUCUUUAGGACAAUCCACAUCAGAGCGUUUUAAUCUGCCCAGGCACAAGUCAUCUCAGACAGCUAAUAGAUUUCUAAACAGGGUUGGUAUUAGCCCAGAAUCUAAACUGCAACCCUCUAAAUCACCUUAUUCUACCAUUUCGUCCAAGGUUAAUCCUCAGAGUAGUGGACACCUAACUUCAAGCAGUAGGUCUAGUUCCAGUACUGACAAAGAAUUGGAAGAGGAAAAACCAUUACCUUCUACUAUAACACAUGACCCCUCACCUUCCUCUUCUAGAGAGUCUUCAGCCGUUUAUUCUAAAAGAAGAAGUUCUCAAGUAGAUGUUAGUACUCGUCACAGAGAGCCAUACCACUCCAGUUCAGAGGAUGAACAUCGUAGUAGAGAAACAGAGGAAACUCCCACAUCACACUCUUUGUCUACAGUCCGUCAGUCUUCAUUGCCUGAACAGUCUUCCUCACCUGCUAGAACUAACCAUCAAGUAAAAAGUGUUCAGGAUCCAAGGUCAAGAACUUCAUCAUCUUCAUCAGCUUCUACUGGGUCUUCAUCAAGGUCUGCCACUUCCAAGCGUCAGUAUGAAGAGAAGGACAAUAAGGAGGUAAAGGAAACCCUGGCUAAAUCAAAACAAACUAUGCCUUUGUCCAAAAAGCCUUCAACUGAAGGCUCCCAUUUCUCAUCCCAAAAAACUCUCCAUUCAGAACCCAGCUCUUCCCAAAGGGCAAGACCUAGUCAGUCUCAGCUUCAGUCGUCCUCAUUAAAUUCUAGAGACCAAAGUAAUGAAAAACUACAAGAGGAUGAGGAUGUAGUAGAGGAGGAGGCAGGCGACAGAGUAUAUGGCCGUUCUGUAUUUCCUAAAGAUAUUUCUUCUAAGAGGAUACCUACUUCUUCGUCUCAGGGAAGUUCUACUUCGUCUCUUUCAAAACAGCAACCAUCAGGUUCUCAAACUAGUAAUGCUGAAGGAAAACACAAAAGUAGACAGGACCCCAUAACCUCUUUCAGAGGAUCAAGUUCCUCUCUGCCAGUAAGCAGACAUACUGGAUCCGGGGUAACCACUUCAGGCGAGCAAAUGCCAGAUUCACAUAAACCAUCUUCUUCCUAUAAACAUACAUGGUCUGAUACUGACUCUGUCAGUGAUGCAUCAAGAGGCAGUCAGCAUAGUAGGGACACUUCUUUAUCUUCAAAGUCAUCCUCCACUUCUGUGAGACAAACUCAUCCUACACACCAUUCAUAUUCCAGGGUCCCUACUAGAACAGCAUCCCAAACUGAGAAAAAAUACAGUCAGUUUCUGCCAAAACCAUCAAAAGUUGAAUCUUCUCCAAAAGAUCAUUCCCUUUCUUUACCUAAAUCUCACCAGACAGUUUCAAAUGAGGAUGAUGAUCAUGAUUAUAGUGAACAUGAUCAAAGAGAAGUGGAGGAGAAACCCACAUCUUCAGCAGCAAGGUGGUCAUCUUCCAUUUCUAGAGGCAAAGUUGCUAAUGAUAAAAGAAAAAUGAUGGAAUCUGUUCUACCUCGCAAAGUAAGUUCUGUAGAAGAAGAGCGUGAGGAAGGGGAGGGUGUGGAGCCUCCCCAUUUAAAGCAUUCUCUUCCUGCAUCGUCACCCAGUUCUGCUUCUGUGGCCUCAAGAGUUUCUCAGUCUCCUAGCAGACAGCAUACACCUUCUAAACCAAGCCUGGUCUGGCCACACCUCUCUCCAUCUAUGUCUGGGCCUUCUCAGCCACAUCCUACGCAUGCUGCUUCUCCAGCCAUUUCUUCAUCUUCUUCUCCCUCUCUAUCCCCCCGUCAGCGACUACUAAACUCAAGGCUCCGAAGUCCUUCUCAACGUCAGUUCAUUAGACCUCCUUACAGACAAGGUUAUAAUGGUAGGCCCAAUCUUACCACAAAAACAAAUGGAAAUGGAAAACCACUAUCUGGUAAUAACGGGAAACCAACUGGACAGAAAAUAAUUAAUGGUCCUCAAGGAACAAAGUGGAUUGUAGAUCUUGACCGAGGGCUGGUAUUAAAUACUGAGGGAAGGUUUCUCCAAGAUUCCCAAGGAAAACCUCUCCGAGUGAAGCUGGGAGGAGAUGGGCGCACUAUUGUGGAUGAAAAGGGUGCUCCGCUUGUGAGUCCUGAUGGAUUGCCUUUGUUCGGACAUGGGAGAUUUAGUAAGCCUGUAGCAAAUGCCCAAGAUAAACCUAUUAUAAGCCUUGGAGGGAAGCCAUUGAUUGGCCUUGAAAUGGUUAAAAAAACAACUCCUCCUCCCACGACUACGACUCCUACAACAACCACUACCACGACUACCACAACAGCUACCACCACCACAACUACUACUACAACAACUACACCUGAACCAACAACUACGGAGCCACUGACUGAGAAACCACAACCUACUUGUCCACCGGGCACCUAUGCCCAGUAUGAUGAUGAUGGCAGUUUGGUGUUAGGGUUUGAUGGCUUGCCUGAAUGCAGUGUAGAAGAUUCAUUCUCAGGGAUGGAUUCAGAUGUGACAGCAACUCCAGAGGCAUAUGUGAUAUAUGAUGAAGACUAUGAAUUUUUUGAGAGCACUUUGCUGCCAACCACCACCACCAUUGCUACCACCACUUCUACAACAGAAGCAGUGCCUGAAAUUGUCUACCCAGAAACCAGUGUUGUUGGUUCUGGUCCUCUCUCAGAAUUUGACUUAGCUGGAAAAAAACGAUUUACUGCUCCUUAUGUGACGUACCUAAAUAAAGAUCCAGCAGCGCCAUGCUCCUUGACAGAGGCCCUGGAGCACUUUCAAGUGGAAAGCCUGGAUGAACUCAUACCCAAUGACCUAAAAGAGAGGGAGAUGCUUCCCCAGAAAGCCCCCUACAACAUUACAGUGAUAGCAGUGGAAGGGUGUCACUCCUUCGUUAUCGUGGACUGGGCCAAACCCCUACAAGGAGACAUGGUAACAGGUUACUUGGUUUACAGUGCAUCUUAUGAUGAUUUCUUAAAGAACAAAUGGUCAACCAGGACUGCGGGGACCACUCAUUUGCCUAUUGAGAACCUGAAGCCAAAUACAAGGUAUUAUUUUAAAGUCCAAGCAAAGAAUCCCUAUGGUUAUGGACCUGUGAGCUCUUCAGUCUCAUUUGUCACAGAAUCUGAUAAUCCUCUGCUUAUUGUCAGACCACCUGGUGGAGAGCCCAUCUGGAUCCCUUUUACAUUUAAAUACGAUCCUACCUACUCAGAUUGUGGUGGCAAGCAAUAUGUGAAACGGACUUGGUAUAGAAAAUUUGUGGGAGUGGUUCUCUGCAACUCUUUGAGAUAUAAGAUUUACCUCAGUGAUGACCUGAAAGAUACAUUCUAUGGUAUUGGAGAUAGCUGGGGGAGAGGAGAAGACCACUGCCAGUUUGUGGAUUCUCACAUGGAUGGAAGAACAGGACCUCAGUCAUACGUUGAAGCCCUGCCUACCAUUCGAGGGUAUUAUCGCCAGUUUCGCCAGGAACCUGUAUCAUUUGGGCGCAUUGGUUAUACAACGCCUUAUUACUAUGUGGGCUGGUAUGAGUGUGGCGUGCCUAUUCCAGGGAAAUGGUAAUCAUGUAGCAGUCUGCCUGCAGACCUGACGCAGAACGCACCAUCCAUGCCUUUUGAAUGAUUCGUACCAAAGGACUGUGAGCAGUUGAUUAGGAGAAGAAGAAACAAGAAGAGAACCACCUAAGACCAGCUGCUCAGAAGACCCCAGCCAAACCAAAUGCUGUACACAUUUUGUCAACCUAAGUCUGUGGUGCUGCUUGAUGUCUCUGCUUGGGAAACGUGGACAGUGUUCGAGUUUGGUGUCCUUUCUUUUUCUGGGUCUUAAAGGCAUGGAGAUACGGUUGCAUCUGGUGCGACCUGUGAAACCUAAAACUUUACUAGCCAUGAAAACUUGGAAGUUGCCUAUAUGUUGCAGGAAUGACCUAAGCAUGCUGUGCUUGCUUAAUGGAAUGCUAAACACUUUCCACUGUUAGGAAUGGAGUGCUCUGUCACCUACCACUGGCGGAGCUCCAUGCUUCAGAAUUUUACUAUGCAGUCAUGCCAAGUUACUAGACAUUCACCAAAGGCAAUAUAUUCUACUUAAGACUUUCUAUGGGGUUUUCCCAUUGCUGGACUAAACACCAGGUCACAAUGUAAAUUCACUUUUAUAUAUAUAUAUAUAUAUAUAUAUAUAUAUAUAUAUAUAUAUAUAUAAAAUACAGUACUGUAUGUCUGCAGGAGUACUACUUAGAGAUACUGAGGUCUUCAUGUUCACUUAAUAAAUAUGUUUGGGAUUAUUAUGUAAAAGGUGCUGUUAGUUCCAUGAAACAUUUUCUUAUGCACAAUAUAUUAACCAUGGAAAGAACUGUGUUCUUCUUGUGAGUACUGUUGAAUUGUUACUAUACUGACAUUUUUACUGUUGAUCAAAGGGCUAUGUCAGGCUUCUUCUCAAACCAAUGGACUGGAUAUUAAAGGGGAGUUAAAUCCCUUUGUCCAUAUUAAAAUUGCACUGUCAGCCAGAAUAAGUGCCAGAUCCAGCCAUGUGUCAACGUUAGUUAACUUUCUGUCCAGUACUAUUUAACAGGUUUAGCGCAGUUUUUGUUUGAUCCAUUUUCAUCUUGUUCGUGUAUUAUUUAUUCCUUGCCACUUUAUUAAGUACCUCUUUACUGAGGUACUGAAGAGGUGUAAUGCAGGACUUGCAGACAAGUUUUAAGUUAUUUUCUGAAAAAGCAGAUACCUUUAGGGAUGUUCAAGGGACACAAAACUCUUCUAACUUUGAUCCAUCAUGGGAAUGCAGUGUGAAAGUCUCCAUGCUCUUUCUCUAAAGUACCUCAUAAUGGCAGACCAAUACAGGGUGUCUAGGAAGCACACACCAGAUUUUUGCCAAGGGUUGCAACCCUUGUUUGAAAAGCUGGCAAAGAAGUAGCAUUUCGGUGCAUCACAGCAUCAGUUUUCUUCUACCCUGUUACUCUUUCUGUGCAGUCUUGCAUUACCAGUUUACUUUUCACUAAUGGGUUGUAGCCUCUGUGGCCAAAACAUUUCACUGUAAAAAACUAUCAGCCUUUGCUCAUUGUCAAAACAAGACUCCAGCACUCUGACGGCCUGGGAAAAUAGCAGAGUACCUCGGGGACAGAUCUAACCUCUGGUUCAUCUUUUGCUCUUAUUUCAGUUUACACACAGUAUAGGACUAAUAUCUUUAAAAUUGCUUGUGUAGUUUUGUAAAUGUAUGGGGAGAAAAGUAACUGAAAUGAUCAUUAAAAGAGAUUUUUUUUUUUUUCAGUGAUUCUGGGAUUGAACAUUCAGUUGUUUUCUAAUCUUUUUGCUUCCAUACAGUGCCAAAUAUAUGAUCUUUAAAUAUAACUUUUCCCUAAUAAACAUGAUAUAUUGUUCCAUUUUAA